GAAACUGAAAGACUUAUCAUCUUUUUGAGGAGUGAUUCAAAAUUAGAAGGCUUAAAACUUGGCGAUAACUUUUUUACGAAGCUUCGUGAUGAAAAUAUUACUGGUGAUUUAUUUCUCAGGCUAACAGGAUGGGAUUUAAAGGAAUACGGAAUGACAUUAGGACAGGCAUUAGAACUUGAGAACUACAUUAAGGAACUGU